AUGGAGAAAAAUUAUUUAGUGAUGAUUUUCAAGAAGCAGAGGAAUUAUCGAGAUAAGUUUCUAGAACAGUGUGCUCAAAUAGAUGCGGAAAUACAAGCCUCCUCUCUUUCAAAUAAUUCCGAAUCUAGGAAAUUUAAAUUGCCUAAAAUUAAGCUUAAAAAAUUCAGUGGUGAAGCUAAAGAUUACCUGACAUUUGGGAGUCAGUUCCAGAAAAUCCACGACGACAGAAAUAUCGCGGAUGAAGAUAAAAUGCAGUAUCUGUUGCAGGCCAUGGAACCCAAAUCGAAAGCAGAACGCCUAGUCCUUAGCUUCCCGGCAACGGCAGCUAAUUAUCCUAAAACCAUCGAACAACUAAGAGAGCGCUUUGGACGCGAAGAUUUACUUGUGCAAAUCUAUGUGAGAGACUUGUUAAGCCUAGUGAUGAAGAACGCUGUAACCGGAAGAGCAAAAACGGAUCUACCUUCCCUGUAUGAUGAACUAGAAGGAAAAUUGCGAGCGUUGGAAAGUUUGGGGAGACUCAAGAAAAAUAUGGGGAUUUUUGACCCCCUUAGUAGAAAGUUGCUUACCAGAAGAAGUAUUGAUGGCAUGGGAAAGAAGCAGAAAUCACGACUCCAUUGA